AUGGCAGAACCAUCUGCCGCUGACGGCAGCUCCGUCCUCUCCAUGAACGGCGUCCUGGCUGAGAUGGAGUCUUACUUCGUCCCCGAGACCCCUCCCUCACCCACCGUCGCGCACAAGCCGUCGCGUGGAAGACUCACCUCAAUGGCCGCGACCUCGAAGCUCGACCCAACUCUUCCCGGGCCCAGCCAGUUCGACGGCAGCGACAGCGAGCCCUCGGAGGCACCGCAAACGCCACGAGCAGCAGAGAAGACCUUCGAUGCGCCCACAGACACCGCCAUCGCCCAACAUGUCGAGAGCAUCCACGUGCCUCAGACCGUGGCACGUGACUUCUUUGCCCAGAACGAGAAUCACCGCCCUUCAUCACCCGCCGCGCGCCCAGCAUCCUCGGGCCCGACUGCAUCCACGGUCAAGAUGGGCGACAGCGUCUUCGAUCGUCCGCGUAGAACGCUGACGCUCAAAGAGCAAAAUGCCAAGAUCGACACCCUCGCCAAGGAGAACUUCGACCUCAAGCUCAAGAUCCACUUCCUCGACCAGGCCUUGCAGACCCGCUCCGAGAAUGGCGUCAAGGACCUCAUUGAGAAGAAUGUUCAGCUACAGACUGACCUUGCCAAUGAGCGCAAGGAAUCAAACACCAUGCGCCGCAAGAUGCGCGAGAUGGAGCAGAAGAUCAUCGAUCAGCAAGAAGCCCUUGCCGAAGCUCAACAACAGAAGAAUACCAAGGCGGACGACGACGACGAUCCGACCUUGCAAGCAGAGAUGCAUGAGGAGAUCCUCUACCUCCGUCAGCAGCUUGAUCACUCUGAAAACCAAGUCACCACCCUCCGUGACGAAGUCAUGACCAAAGAGUUCGAGAAACGCAAGAUGGCCGACCACAUGCGCAGCAUGGCCGGCAAACGCGGCGAAGAUACCGCUGGCAUGAAGGAGACCAUGGACAUGUGGCAAGACCUCCUCAAUGCCGAGACUGGCCGCCGCGAGCAGGCAGAAGAAGAUGUCAGCAAGCUCCGCGACGAACUCAACACCCUCCGCCUGGAACGCGCCUCCCCGGCCGUCAACAGGUCCACCAAAUUCGGCACACGAAGAAGCCGAAUGGGCUCCACUCAGAGUCCCAACGACGACAUCGACGACGAAUUCAUCAACGUCGCGAACGAUGACGAAGCCAAGACCACCAUCGACCAACUCAAGCACGAGAACGCAGAGCUGCGACGCGACCUCGGUGCUCAAACCAGCAUGCUCACGUCUAGAAAUCGUGAGCGCGAGCGUCUGCAGCAAGAGAUUGAAGACCUGAAGCUCCUCCACCGCAAGGGCGACGGCAGAUCCGUCGCCGGCGAGAGCAUCUUCGACCGAUCUGUCUCACGGGCGCACCAGCGAAGCCAAUCCAGAACCAGCGACCACACUGCGAUCACUGAGGCUGAGCGCGACGAAUGGGACAAGAAGGAAGGCCAGCUGCGCGAUGCCAACGCCGAACUCCGCAUCAAGUAUCAAGAGCUUGAUCGCAAACACAAGACCUAUCUCCAUUACGUCGAGACCAUCGAAGGCGACUACCGCGACAUGGAGACUGAGAUCGCCCAAGUCCGCGACGACCUUGUCAGCUUGCAGAAUGAGCGCGACGAGACGUUGAAAGCGUACGAUGAGAUCGAGGCGGAUUAUGCCGCCCUGAAACAAGAAGCUCUCUCCGAGAUACACAAUCUCGACGAAGAGAAGAAGGUGCUCGAAGCCGACCUGGACGAGGCUCAUGCAAAGCAUGAGAAGACGGCACAGAAGCUGCACCAGACUGCAGACGACUACAAAGGCCUCCAGGGCGAGCUCCGCGAGAUUACGCAGAGCGUGCUCAACCUCGAAGACGAGAAGCAGCACAACAUGCGCAGCAUCCAGACACUCGAGCAGCAGAUUGCCGAGGCCGAGGAGGAAAUCCAGAAGUGGGAACAGAAGUGCAACGAGCUGGAUCAGAAGAAUCGCAAGCUCGAGAUUACGGAGGAAAGCCUCCACAACGAGAUCACGUUCCUGCGCGAGGAGCAGGAAGGGGACAAGAUCAAGAUUGGCGAGCUCGAGGACGCGCUCAAUGCGGCUCAGCAGACCAUUCAAGACGAGCAGGAGAAGCUGCGCGAGUUGGAAGCCUCCAUCAUCGAAGAGCGUCAACAGCGCGACGUGUUGGAGAACAAAUCGAAGGAGGAAGUGCAGAAGGUCCUCGAUGACCUCAACGCAGAGAACGCCAAGACGAAGGACGAAGUCCGAAAGCUGCGACGCGCUCUCUCCGCCAAGGAGGUCGAAGCUGGCAGCGCGAAGCAGCGACUCGAGGAAUUGGAGCAAGCACUCCGCCAGAUCCUCGGCAACGAAGACGGUGGCAAGCAAAGCCUGCUCGCCGACAUCGAGAAGCUCCAACGAGAAUUGGAGACCACCGCAAACGACCUCGACAGAGCCAAGAUGGACCUGUCUGACAAAGACCGACUACUCCGCCAUCGUGAUGGUCUGCUUGAAAGCACCAGCUUGGAAUCGCGCAGACUGUCGGACCUCCUCGACAAAGAACGUACCUCUCGCAAGCACGAUCUCGAGCAAUUCGAGAAGGCCUCUCGUGGUCAAGCGACUCACAUGCGCACCAUCGCGCAGCAAGAGUCACGCAUGCUGGAGCUUGAGACCGCAUACACUCAAGACAAGCGCAAGAUGGCCGCGCUUGAUCAGCAAUAUCGCGAACAACUUCACGAGCGUAAUAACCUCCUCUUGGCGCUAUGGAACAGACUCUCGACUCUCUGUGGCUCAGACUGGGCCCAGCACCACGCCCUCGUUAAUGGCGAGACGCCAAGUGUGGAGGUCAUCAGCAAGAACCUCAACGGCUUCAACAAGAACAUCAUCUCGGCCGUCAAGACCGUGGAGGCGCUGAUCGGAAGCUUCAAGGGUAGGAUCCGAAGCAUCGAGAAGGACCUGUGGAGAGAUUAUCAGACUCUCGAACACAACUUGGACAUGCGCAUGCGCCGCAUGGAUCAGCUCGAGAAUGCUGUCCAGGAGGCCCAGAGGGCCAUUGCCGAAGCCGAAGACGUGGCCCAACGCCCGCAAGCCAACCGCUCUGCCAGCAGCCGAAGCGUCAAGAGCAGCGAGGAAGUUGCCAAGCUCAAAUCGGAACUCAAGCUCCUUAAGGGGGAGCUGAAGUUCCAUCGCCAGCACCCGAGCGCCAUGGCUCAGCAGAUGAUCAAUCAGCAAGCACAACUCAACCCGGACCACGCUCGUCGCCAGUCCGUGAGCUCCAGCCCGGCCCGGCAUAUCAUGUCUUCAUUGUUACGCCACCAUUCCACAUCGGCCGUGGAGCAGCUUGCGAACGCUGCAGAGGAAGCGCAAGCACCAAGGCCUCAGGCUAUUACCAUUCCUUCGCCACCAGCGCAGCCUACCGAACAGCGUUGGGUGCACCGCCUUAAGGAGCUCGAGCGCAGACUCAAGGCUGAACGAGAGGCUCGUCUCCUGGAUCGCCGUGGCGCUCGACAGAGACUUGAGGAGGCCGACGCCGAGAAUGAAGAACUCAGAAAAGCAUUGGAGCGGGCGCACGAGACCGCAGAUGAAAGUAUUAACUAG